AUGAAGGUCCAUUCCAAUGGAUUUAUUCCACAUUCAAGAAAGGAGAUUCUUAACGAGUCUGUACAGUUCAAUCAACUAGCCAAAAGGAUCGGACGCGACCUAAGCCAAACAUGUGCAAAAAUGGAAAGGCUUGCUGAGUUGGCGAAAAAGAAAAGUCUUUUUGAUGAGAAGAGUGAUAUGGACCAUCUGUCGAGAAUUGUAAAAGAGGACAUAACUGGAUUAAACAAGCAAAUAGCAGCCUUACAAGAGUUUUCACGAAGACGUAAUGGAGGCAUGAAAAAUCAAGGAACGGGUCACACUCAACUCGUUGUGGUUGGUCUUCAGUCGAAGCUGGCUAGUGUAAGUAAAGACUUCCAAAGUGUUCUGGAAAUCAGUACAGAAAAUCUGAAGCAUCAGAAGAAUAGGAGAGAAAAGUUUUCUCACGCGGAUCAUGUUCCAAUGUCGCUUCCUUCGUCAUCAAGUGGCUCAAACGGUAACGUUUUAUUUCUUUUCUUUAUCUCAGGUUAGUC